GUAACUCAAUCAGAUUCCUUUCCCCGUUUUGUUCUCCGGAAUUUUACUUCCUUUAAAAGUCAGAAUUCGGAUCUGCGUGUAACCGCCAGCCACGCAAUCAAUCAACCUGUAUAUAUAUAUAUACAUACAGCUCACUGUUUAUCACUUUGUAUGAACCCUAGGUUUGGCCUGAGACGUUCUAUUCCGAAUUCUCCGGCCAAACAUAUGGCACAUGAAUUGAACUCAUCUCCUCCGGCAACGGAAAAUGCAUCACCGGUAACGGCGACGAGAUCGUUAUGGCCAUCUGUUCUCCGGUGGAUUCCGACUUCAGUUGAUCACAUUAUUUCUGCUGAAAAACGUCUUCUAUCUCUCGUUAAGACACCUUAUACUCAAGAGCUGGUUAAUAUCGGGUCUGGUCCACCAGGGUCUAAAGUGAGCUGGUUUCGCUCCGCCACAAAUGAACCAAGAUUUAUCAAUACUAUUACCUUCAAUAGCAAAGAGGGAUCUCCUACUCUUGUAAUGGUACAUGGAUAUGCGGCUUCUCAAGGUUUCUUCUUUAGAAAUUUUGAUGCCCUUGCUCAGCACUUCAGGGUUAUUGCCAUUGAUCAGCUUGGUUGGGGUGGAUCUAGCAGACCAGACUUCACUUGUAAAAGUACUGAAGAAACUGAGGACUGGUUUAUUGAUUCCUUUGAGGAAUGGCGCAAAGUCAAAAACCUUAGCAACUUUAUUUUGCUUGGGCACUCAUUUGGAGGGUACAUUGCAGCCAAAUAUGCUCUAAAACAUCCGGAGCAUGUACAACAUCUGAUUUUGGUAGGACCUGCUGGGUUUACUUCAGAAACUGAACAUAAAUCAGAACGACUUACUAAAUUCCAAGCAACAUGGAAGGGUGCUAUUUUGAAUCAUCUGUGGGAGUCUAACUUUACUCCUUUGAAGAUCAUCAGAGGUUUAGGCCCUUUUGGUCCAAAUUUGGUCCACAAAUAUACAAGUGCAAGAUUUGGUCAAUACGCAACUGGCGAAGUGUUAGCCGAGGAAGAGUCAAAAUUACUUACAGAUUAUCUUUACCACACUUCGGUGGCAAAGGCUAGUGGAGAGUUGUGUAUGAAGCAUAUCUUCUCAUUUGGUGCAUUUGCUCGGAGUCCUCUAUUACAAAGAUCUUCCGAGUGGAAAGUGGCAACAACCUUUAUAUAUGGUGUCCAUGACUGGAUGGAUUAUCUGGGAGCAGAUGCAGCUCGCAAGAAUAUGACUGUUCCAUGUGAAAUCAUAAGAGUCCCGCAGGCCGGUCACUUUGUGUUUUUAGACAAUGCAAAAGGAUUCCACUCAGCAGUAUUACAUGCUUGCAGCAGAUUUCUUCCUCCGGAAUCAGCCAACUAUCCUCUUGAGGAAGGUGUUACAUCCGUCUAACAUUAUUUUACGACCAUUUAUCAAUCAUGUAAAAAAUAAACCUUCAUACGCUUUUCAUAUUAGAAAACACCCGUGUUUCGGCACAUGUAUCAUAGCAAGAUUGGUUUGAUGCCUAUUGGCAUUAUGUACAGAAACAUAUUUAUGUGAUGAAUUAAGUUUUCAUGCACCA